AUGGCGCGCGAGGGGCUAGUACGGGACCUAGUGUUCUACAAGACGUACCACAACAAUUCGGCGAACGUAGCGAUCCAUGCGGUGUUUGUGCCGGGGAUCCUGCUGGCGACGCUGCGGCUGCUGCACGAGGUGCGGGCCGGGGGCGUGAGCGUGGCGGACGGGGUGGCGGCGGCGUACACGGCGUACUACGUGCGGCUGCACGCGGGGGCCGGGGCGGUGGCGGGUGCAGUGCUGGCGGGGGUGUGCUGGGCGCUGCACGCGGGCGCGGUGCCGCUGAGCGCGGGGCAGGCGGUGGCGCUGUUCUGCGCGGGGUGGGGGUUCCAGUUCGUGGGGCACGGGGUUUUCGAGGGGCGGCGGCCGGCGCUGGUGGACAACCUGGGCGGCGCGCUGGCGACGGCGCCGUUCUUCGUGCUGUGGGAGCUGCUGUUCGCGCUGGGGCUGUACCCGGCGUUGCACGCGCAGGUGCAGGCGGCGGUGGACGCGGAGCUGGCGCGGGGUAAGUAG